GUGGACCAAGUUCGAAUCAAAAUUCUUCAUUGAGAAUUUCCGGAACUGCGAGAGAUUUGUGCAAUACGACGGAAUCGUCCGAAACAUCAGAGUCUGAGAUACAGGAAGACGGUGAGAACUUCGGAGAAUCUAGUCAACCAAUCGAUAUUUUCAAGUAUCUAGGCCUGACAUCACAAGUGCUUCCAUGCAAACGUUCGCCGAUACGGCCCAAUGAAGAUAGUAAUUCUGACUACAGCGUCAAAUCACUAUACACCGAAACUCGCAACCAACUGCAGUCAGCUUCCGAUGAUAGCGAUUCCGACUACAGAAUCGAGUCGUUGAAUGCUACAACCAUGAAGAGGAAAAUACAAACCAAAACAGUGUCUGACAAUGCGGCCGUGGAACCCGUCACCUCUUCGGAGUCAGCUUCAGAAGCGAAUGCCCGGAGAAAGAGGAAAGCUCCAGUUCCUCUGAAAUCGACAUCCACAACGUCCCACGAUUCGCAAGAAGAUGAAGCAGAUCUGUACGAAUCCGAUUCUGACCCACUUUCAGAUAUAGAACCUCACAUAGCACAAUCGGCUUUGGAUACCUCAAUGUCUGAUACAAUGCCUCCACCUUGCACCGUCCCGGGAUGCGAAAACCCAUGUCCCCUGUGGACCGCUCAGUUUCCUCAGAAUUCGGAACUACGACAAAGAUGGCUGGACGCCAUCCAAGCGGGUACCGGUCAACAACUUACACUGGAACCGAUCCCGGUGGUGUGUAACUUGCACUUUUCCGAUCAAUCUCUGUCGGUGGGAAGCUAUCGGGAACCUACGAUCUUCCAGAGCACCACCAGCGACACAUUUAUUUCCAGCUGCUUGAUGUGUCACUCCUUCGAAAAAUCAGAGAGAAUGUUCCACUUCAACCAAUGUCUGCUUCCGGGGCAAACGCUCCGAAUGAUUGCGGAUAAGCAUUUCAAACUCUUUGAAUCGACAGCUGACGAUUCCGUUCGGGACGGCUUCUUCUGCGAGGGUUGUACAGUUCGUCUCGAUGUUGUGCAUUCCAUAUGGCUGGACGUAAAUCAGGGAAUGGCGCAGUACGCAAGUCUCUUGCAGAAGAUGUCCCGGGAGAAAAUUCUUCCGUUUAGUGAACAACCGCGAGCGGAACAGGAAACGGUUGUAAAGAAAGAACUACAGUUGGAAGAGAUGGAAUCUGAUCCUGUGGAUGUCGAUUCGAAUGAUACGGCAGAACCUCAUCUUCCUGGAAAGGAUGCGGACUUGGACAGUUCAGAAUCAUCUGCGGUAGAUGAUCAUUCGGACCCACCGAGGUCCUCUCAAAUGCCCACGCUGAAUCUACGCUUGAAAGGAGUUACCGAAGACAUAAUGCAGUCCGCAGUCAGCCGUGUCUUGGAGGGAGGCGUCCUCCGGCAGGUUGCCACCGAAUACGGACUGUCCCAUCAGACCCUGUACAGAUAUGUCAGGAAGCGGAAGAGUUUCCAAGAAGAGUCGACUCUUCUUCGACCAAAUCACGUAAACUACAACCAAGUUUUCACCAAGAAACAGGAAGCGGACUUGGCGGAAUAUGUUAUUCAUGCCAUCAAUCUGUUGUACGGACUAUCAUAUCGAUGUUUACGGAAAAUAGCCUUUCAAUACGCGCAGCUAAAGAGUAUCCAAUACCCAUCCAAAUGGGACAUAGAACAGAUGACCGGAAUGGGAUGGGUAGUCGGCUUCAUGAAGCGUAAUCCGCAAAUCUCGAAAAACACGCCAGAAAAUUGUGGAAUUACUAAAAGUGGUGCACCCUACCAUUCGUCUCACAUUGGAUUAAGUUUCUCAGCUUUGGAAAAAACGUACAAAAUCUGUCCGGACAUCGCCGCUGGUUCUCGACUCUUUCUGAUGGGAGAAGCGACUACGUUCAAGAGAUCUCAGCCGACCUAUUUCAUCCACAUUCCGGUGAAAGUCUUCGCCAUAGCGAAUCCCUCCGGAAAACGAAUUCCCCCCAUUGUGGUUUUCCCCAACACUCACAAACCAUCCUACAAAGUCGCACCCUGUGGCAUUCUUUGCCUAGCCAGUUCCACCGGAACAAUCACUCAGGAGCUGUUUCGAGAAAUCAUGCGACAUCUUUGUGAACAUACCAGUACAUCCGCGCAAUCACCGUCCUUGCUGGUCUGUGACAACCACGAAGAUUGGAUAGCGUCGCCAACGACGAUCGACACCAGCCGAACAAGCGGACUACACUUGGUAACCAUUCCUCGCCACUACAGCAAGACCAUCCAGGCUCAAAGUGGCAGUAUAUUCUCCGAGUUGCACAGUGCGUACAAAACCCGCUCGGAAUCGUGGCUACGGAACAAUGCCGGACAGGAACCCACAACCGAACUGGUGGUGCAAUGGGUUGACGAGGUGUACUCGACGGAGUUCUGCAAAGUUCGGGCAGAGGAGACCUUCCGGAAGAUUGGACUUUUUCCACUGAAACGACCCGAUGAUAGUGUCGCGUCGUGACCUUUGUUGAAUAAUUAAGUUUUAACACAAAAAAAAAAACAA